AUGGGGGAGCUUGGAGAACUACCAGACGAGUUGGUACUCAACAUUGCUGCAUGUGGUCUUGGCCAGCCAGAUCUCAACGCUCUCGCGCGGACAUGCCGGCACUUGUACCAUGCCGCCAAUGACUGCCUCUACCGUUAUAAUAGAACUCAUAGGAACAGUUCUGCGGCAAGAUGGGCUGCUGGAAGCGGCUCCAUUGGCACUCUGAAGCACUCUUGGGCUGCGGGUACUGACAUCGCCGCAUCAUCCAUGCAACUUCUGCACUACGCCGCCAUGAAUAGACAGACGCAGCUAGUCCAAUACUUGUUGACGCUUGAAGGGGUCGACGCUGAUCACAAAGACGAAUCCGAUUGGACGCCCAUGUUUUACGCUUGUCGUAGUAACGCGGUUGGUGUUGUCCAGGCUCUCUUACAGCAUGGUGUUGAUGGUGCCGCAGCCGGCCUCGAGGGCUGGACCCCGCUCAGUAUUGCCGCGAGCUUCGAUUCCUGUGAGGCUGCUGAGACUCUCAUCAGACAUGGUGUUCCCCUCGACAUGCAAAGCCAAAACGGGUCGACUGCCCUCAAGGCAGCAUCGCGGGGAUGCUUUCCACCCGUCGCGCGAAUUCUGCUUGAAGCGGGUGCGAAUCCCGAUAUCCCUGCCUUUGGCGGUUGGGUUCCGCUGCAUUCCGCCGCUAAAUACGGCAACCUUCCGCUUGCUGAGCUCCUUAUAAAAUCCAACGCCAACAUUGAGAUCCGUCAAGAGCGUGGCUAUACCCCGCUAGCUCUGGCGAUUGAGGCUGAAGCUAUCCCGGUGAUCCAGUGCCUACUCAACCAUGGGGCUGAUGUCAAUGCCGUCACUAGUGCCGGCUGGUCACCCCUCUGUCUUGCCGCUGACAUUGGGAAUGAAGAAAUUGUGAAAACUCUCCUCGAACGCGGGGCUGAUCACUCAUUUGCCAUUUCCAACGAGUGGGCACCGCUCAACUUGGCAGCUUACAACGGCAAGAUGGAAAUUGUUGAUGCGCUGCUAAAAUUUGGCGCGCUACCCGAUGGCUGCAAAGAUGUAGGAAGAAACACGAUUGUUAACACCAUCGACAGAGGGCAUUUGGAGGUUGCAAAGAAGCUUUUACUCCACGGUGCUCGCGUCGACGUGAGGACUGACAAGGGAGAGACGCCACUUCUGAGAGCCGUUCGAACAAUGAAGACAGAUUUUCUUCCGGCGGCAAUGUCAACUGUAACGAUGUGGACGAGCGAACUGCUCUUAUCCAUGCCUGCAUGCGCGGCAACCUGGAUGUCGCCGAGAUGUUGCUUGAUAACUGUCCCGUCAACUUAA